GAGUGAAGGGUGGGUGUGUUGCAGGCAGUGCUGGAGGAAAGGCGCGAGCUGAGGGCAAAGCACGAGCUGAGGGCAAAGCACGAGCUGAGAGCGAGGCAGGCGCGAGCUGAAGGAAAAGCACGAGCUGAGAGCAAAGCAGGCGCGAGCUGAGAGGAGCGCUGAGGGAAGGGCGCGAGCUGAGGAAAGGCGGGAACGGGCUGAGAGCAGCUCUGAGGGGAAGGCGGGAACGGACUGAGGGAGCGAGGCUGGCUGCAACGGAGGGGAGGCUCUGAGAGACGCGGGAGCGAGCUGAGGGGAAAGAGCUGAAGAGAAGUUGGGAGCGAGCUGAAAGAAGCAGGGCCGAAGCCGAGGGCAAGCUCUGAGGGGCUGGUGCCUGCGCUGAGCCGAAGGAGAGCCCCGGUUUGUGCUGCUCAGUGAGAGAGGGGACGGGUUCCCUUUCAGUGGUGGAAAACGGAGAGAUUUAGGAGGGGCGGUGGAGAAAAUGCUGGAGAAGUGUCUGGAGUGCCCGUGGAAGUCCUGAUUCCAUGUGUAUGUAAUGUGUGCUGCUGAGGAGGUGCAGAGCAUGGCUGGGAAGAGAUGUCCCCACCUGUUGGACUCGCAAGUGCAGCUACAGAGUGCCAAGCAACUUCUGAAGAGCUUUCCUCUGCUGUUCUGUUAAUGUGAUGUGUGUCUUCGUGCACUAUUAGUCUGCAAAAAUAGGAGCCAUUAGGAAUUUUUUAGUACUUUGAGGUACAGCAGUGAUGGCUCAAUUGCUUUUCUGGUGGAUUCUAAAAGGGCUUUUUCUGUCUUUUCUGCUCAAAACUGCUCUGUCCCUAAACCCAGAUGAUCCAAAUGUUUGUAGUCAUUGGGAAAGCUAUGCUGUGACAGUACAGGAAUCCUAUGCUCAUCCUUUUGAUCAGAUCUAUUAUACAAGAUGUACUGACAUACUGAACUGGUUCAAGUGCACUAGACACAGAAUAAGUUAUAAAACGGCAUAUCGAAGAGGACUAAGAACCAUGUAUCGGCGGAGAUCCCAGUGCUGUCCCGGAUAUUAUGAAAGUGGAGACUACUGUAUACCACUCUGCACAGAGGAGUGCGUGCAUGGAAGAUGUGUUUCUCCUGACACUUGUCAUUGUGAACCAGGAUGGGGAGGUACUGAUUGCUCUAGUGGUUGCGAUAGCGAUCACUGGGGACCGCACUGCAGCAACCGGUGCCAGUGCCAGAACGAAGCCCUCUGCAACCCCAUCACAGGCGCCUGUGUCUGCGCAGACGGGUACCAAGGCUGGCGCUGCGAGGAGCUCUGUGAGCCCGGGAGCUACGGCAAGGGCUGCCAGUUCCAGUGCCAGUGUCACAACGGGGCGACCUGCGACCACGAGACGGGAGAAUGUCACUGCGCUCCUGGAUACACGGGGGUGUUCUGUGAAGAGCGCUGUCCCCCCGGGAGUCACGGAGCUCAGUGUGAGCUGCGCUGCCCGUGCCAGAAUGGAGGGGUCUGCCACCACAUCACUGGGGAGUGCUCCUGCCCUGCUGGAUGGACGGGGUUGGUGUGUGCACAGCCAUGUCCUCCUGGGACAUUCGGAAUUAAUUGCAGCCAGGUCUGUCCAUGCCACAACGGAGGACACUGUGAUCCCGUGACAGGAAAAUGCAUCUGUACACCUGGCUAUGUUGGAGACAGGUGUCAAGAAGAGUGUCCAAUUGGGACAUUUGGCUUUCAGUGCACACAAAGAUGUGACUGCCAAAACGGUGCAAAGUGUUACCAUGUGAAUGGAGCGUGUAUGUGUGACCCAGGGUUUAAAGGGAUUCACUGUCAAGAAAGAAUGUGUCCGGAAGGGUUUUAUGGCCUCAAAUGCAACAAGAGGUGCCCCUGCAAUAUUACCAACACCCUCAGUUGCCAUCCAUUGUCUGGAGAAUGUAGCUGCAAAGCUGGCUGGGCUGGACUGUACUGCAAUGAGACCUGUCCCCCUGGGUACUACGGCGAGGGCUGCCAGCUGACCUGCUCCUGUGAGAAUGGUGCAGAUUGCGACAGCAUCACUGGGAAGUGUAUGUGUGCACCAGGAUACAUGGGAGACGACUGCACCAUUACCUGCAUGGCAGGAACCUAUGGCACCAAUUGCUCAUCAGUUUGUAAUUGCAAAAAUGAUGGUGCGUGUUCCCCCGUGGACGGUCUGUGCAUUUGCAAAGAAGGGUGGCAAGGAGUGGAUUGCUCUAUUCCAUGUUCAAGUGGAAGUUGGGGUUUUAACUGUAACCAGACGUGUUACUGCACAAAUGGAGCAGCCUGCAGGCCUGCUGAUGGCUUCUGUCUGUGCUCCCCUGGCUGGCAGGGGGACUACUGUGACCAGCCGUGCCCUGAUGGAACAUAUGGUCUUAAUUGCAGUGAGCGCUGUGACUGUAACCACGCAGAUGGGUGCGAUCCCGUCACCGGUUACUGCUGCUGCCUUGCUGGCUGGACAGGCAUCCACUGUGACAAUAUGUGCACCCAGGGCCGCUGGGGACCGAACUGCUCCAUCUCCUGUAGCUGUGAGAACGGGGGAUCCUGUGCUCCGGAGGACGGCACCUGUGACUGUGCACCUGGCUACAGAGGACCCCUGUGCCAAAGAAUUUGCCCCCCUGGCUUCUAUGGACACCACUGCAGCCAGCCAUGCCCUCAGUGCGUGCACAGCAGCGGUCCCUGUCACCACGUGUCCGGGCACUGCGACUGCUUGCCAGGAUUCUUCGGCGCGCUCUGCAACCAAGUGUGUCCCAGUGGAAAAUAUGGGAAGAACUGUGCUGAGCUCUGCCAGUGCACCGAGAACGGGACGUGCAAUCCCAUCGAUGGGUCGUGCCAGUGCUUUCCAGGCUGGAUAGGGAAGGACUGCUCCCAGACUUGCCCCCCAGGUUUUUGGGGCAUGGAUUGCUUUCAUUCAUGCAACUGCCACAAUGGAGCAAUGUGCAGCCCUUAUGAUGGAGAAUGCAGAUGUACUCAUGGUUGGACUGGGCUCUACUGCACACAGCGUUGCCCAGCUGCUUUCUAUGGAAAAAACUGUGCCAACGUCUGUCAGUGUCAGAACGGAGCGGACUGUGACCACAUCACUGGGCAGUGCACGUGCAGGACGGGAUUCACAGGCAAACAGUGCGAGCAAAAGUGCUCACCAGGAACAUUUGGUUAUGGUUGCAAACAACUCUGUGAGUGCAUGAAUAAUGCCACAUGUGACCAUGUCACAGGUACUUGCUACUGCAGUCCGGGCUUCAAAGGAAUCAGAUGUGAUCAAGCGGCUCUUAUGAUGGAAGAAUUAAACCCCUAUACUAAAAUUAGUCCUGCUCUUGGAUCAGAGAGGCACUCAGUGGGAGCAAUCAUUGGAAUUAUUAUUCUCCUUCUAAUUAUUAUGGUCUUGCUGGCACUGUUUGUGUGGUAUCGACGGAAACAGAAGGAGAAGGGCCAUGACAUGCCAAGUGUAUCUUACACUCCAGCCAUGAGGAUGACUAAUACAGAUUACUCACUUUCUGAUGUGUCUCAAGGUAGCAGCAGUGUGCACUGCUUUUCCAACCCAAGCUACCACACUCUCUCGUGCGGUGUGACUUCACGCUUCUUUCCCCGUAAUCUGGAUGGGAACAGCUCCAGUAAGCUGAGUAACAAAAUCCUUGACAGAGAAACUGCAGACUGGAGACCCUACAGCUAUCUGAAUGAACUAGGUGCUUGUGGGAUGGAUAGACGUCAGAACACAUACAUAAUGGAAAAAAGCUUCAAAGAUUAUAUGAAGGAAUCUGUGUGCAGCUCCAGCACUUGUUCUCUGAACAGCAGUGAAAACCCAUACGCCACCAUUAAAGAUCCCCCCAUCUUAACAUGCAAACACUCCGAGAGCAGCUACGUGGAAAUGAAAUCGCCUGGUCACAGGGACUCCCCAUAUUCAGAAAUGCCCACUUCAUCAACAGCCAACAAAAACAUCUAUGAAGUUGAGCCCACCAUCAGCGUGGUCCAAGAUGCCCGUGCCCGGAGUGCCAGUUACCUCCAAAGUCCAUAUGACCUGCCUAGGAACAGUCACAUUCCUAGUCACUACGACCUCCUCCCUGUAAGGCACAGCCCAACGCACGGGCCAUCUUGGGACAAGCAGUCUUAAAGGGAUGGACUUCACUGUGCUGCAAACACAAACUCUGAGGAAGCAAAGAGAAGACAAUCCUUUUCUGCACUGCAGGAUGCUGACGUGACUUUAGGCUGCAAGGACCUAACAUAACUAAACAUCAGCUUGGGCCAGCUGCUGCUGCAUGAUGUUAUUUAAAAAGACUUUUUUUUUAUAUGGGUCACAAGAACUAAUGAGAACCUCCUCCAGGUGUCGCUGGAGUGCAUCACCCCUGGAAGGUGUCCCCACGCUCCAGGCAAAAGCUCUCCGCCAUGUGUAUUCUAACCCUGGCUUUGCUGUAAAAUAAAACACAAUGCACUGAGUAGGAGGACCUAGAGACGUACACACAUUUCUACCAACUGCAUCAGAAAACCUUGUACCACGAGGAACGCUGGAAUACAGUUUACAUCUCUGUCAUGGAAAUGGACACUUUUCUGAAUGAAAGUAGGAAAGCUGCUUGUUUCACUGUCUGGAAACCUCAUUUACUGCCAUCACCAUGGGCAUCCUGUGCAGAUCAUGCUUGGUAAUUAGCGCUCUGUUCAUCUUUAUAUUCAGUACCAGAGUAUUGGAGUACAGGAAUAUCAGUGCAGACGUUUAUUACAUUUUUAAAAUGUAACACCUUGGCAAAUGUCCAGCGAUCUUUGUCAACGAUUUAAGUUUAAGCACUGAGUCUCAUACCCGGCUUACCGCACUUCAAACAAGCUAGAAAUAUAUUGGUACAGCUAUGCUUUAAUUUUCCUUGUACAUGUCCUUUCUCAUUAAAUGCACGGCUUUUUUGGGUGGUGCAAACAGACACACCUUCACCUGCAUCCUGGGACACUGCAGGUUUGCACAGACCAACCCUGGUUCAGUUUCCUAACGCUAGGAUGCAUUGGCUUCAUCACUGGCAAACCACGUCACCACGAUGCACCUGGCAGCAUGUCCUUCAUGACACCCUUUAAUUUGAUGUGCAUUACCAUGUAGUGCAACUUUAUCUGUUGAUGAUUUUACCUGACAUGUCAUUACAUUGAGCUGAAAAUGGGUUUUCUUUUUCAGCAGCUGUUUGUGAAACAAUUAUCAAGGGGUUGACCAAUGGUAAAGCUUUGGAAAAAGCCACCGUGAUUUUUUUUUUGUAAUCUUUACUGACCUAGAAAGUAGAAUACUUGCCGUUAAGCAGUUCCUUGUAGAUUUUGAGCAUGAAGUAGUAUUGAUUCUAAGUAUGUAUUUUUAUUAGGCAAACGUGGAAGUAGCAAGUUGAUUGCCUCUUAAAGAUUAAAAACAUUCUGUUGCACAUUCACCAGUCUGAUGGAAGCAGAAGAGAACCAAGCCAACAUCAAGCUGUUUGCUCAACAUAUGACCACCAGUGGAAGCUGCUGGCCUAGGGGACUGGUACGACAACCCUGCUGCCAUGGGGACAGCAGCUCAGAGCCAGCUCCAUGAGACAGCAGGCAUCAGAGCACCUCGCGUAGGGCAGCACUGUACCCCACAGCACCCCUGCAGCAGCUGGGAUGGUGGGGCCAGCUCUGAACCCCUACGUGCAAUCCAGGAGAUCCAGACAGCAGAGCUGAGCCCAGAGAUCCCCCCAGGCUUGCAGAGAAGCAGAUUUUCAUGUUUCAAGAUAACUCCAAAGUAUUUACAUGAAUGCUGCAUGUGUGCAUGGGGGAGAUGACUGAUCAGCAAUAGUAGUUUUAUAUUCCAGGAAAGCCUUAUGAGAGAUGUAAUUAGGCACUUAUUCUGUGGGGCCAGGAGGGGUAUAUUUUGCAUAUAUGAAUGGAAAGACUUACCUCAAAAAUACCAAGAGAAAUGCAGUUUGAUGAGGAAUCCUCUGGUUAGAGACUUACCUUGCCAUCUAGCACAAGCAGGCUCAGCUGCCAGCCUGACCAGUGUCUGUGUAUGCUGCUGUCAACAUUGAGAUGAGAGAGCAGAGAUGAGGCUCAGUUUUUGUUUUUUUUCAAAGCUGGAUUUUCAAACCAAAUGCAACAAUGUGCAUAGAGCUUAACAGGAAAAAACAAAACAAAAAACAAAAAAAGGAAGGAAAAAACAAAGGAAGUACCUUCUUGUAUAUUAUUAGCUUUAGCUUAGAAAAUAGGCACCGAAAUGGCAAUACUUUUUUAAGGCAAGACAGAUUUGUAAUAUAUUUGUUCACUGUGCAAAGGUAUUCUACCUUGUACAAAAUAAAUCAAAUUUCUCUCAGCGUGUCUUUCUCAAACUUACUCAUUGGCAGACCAGAACUCCCAGCCCAUGCUCAGGUUGAGUGCUCCAUGCGACAGUGCUGGUUACAGAGGGGCUCACCACGUCUUCAUGAAAAACCUCACAGGCACUUUGCAAGCCAGAAGCUGACUUUCUGUUACAGGACUUCUCAGAAAACAUGACAUAAUUCAGACCGAAAUUUUGAGCUCGCUUUGAGUAAAGCCCAGCUUUAAAACAAAUGGUAGCUGGCACAGUACGCAUCUUUUGUACAACUCUUCUGGUAGCUCCUGUCUGCAGCAGCGGAACCUUAGCAGGUCCGAGAGGGACCUCGGUGAGGCACAGACAAGAUGAUGACAGCUCCACGUCUCUAUGCUGUUUAUGCAAUGCUUCUCAGCCCUGUCCCAAUGGCAUGCAGUGACACCAGUGGGUUGCGGUGCUUUUGGUAGGCACAGGAGGACACAGGCCAGCAGUGACCCCAGCAUCAGGCAAACUGCAGCCAUCUCAGCAUCCGACUGUUCCCGAGGAGCCAAUCAAUAAAUCACAAGCAUGAAUUUGCAGCAGAAACACCUUCGGAAUGAUGAUGCCAGGGCAAUGCAGCAGACAGCUACGUAUUGAAGCUUUUUCAAUAUUUGUGCUUCAUAUUUCUAAAGAUCCUGUUAGCUAAAGCCCAGCAUGUAAUCCUCUUAUUUGACAAGUCACACUCAAUAAGCUAUUUAAGUCUGGAAACUCAUCAGGUUUGAACUGAUGGAGUAAGUAAUUCCAGCUUAAUAAAAAUGCCUUUACAUCAGAACAAUGCCCCGCACUUUCUGCUUCAGAGUCAGAACUUCAACUGCCAUCGCCCAGGAACUACAGAUACCCACCAAACAGCUUCGGAAUUGUUAAGGUCAGGACUUUCAGAUAUGUAAAUGAGAGCAAAAGCUCUUGGUGAGAAAAUCCAAUUUUGCAGCGUUGUGCAGGAGAUCCCAUAAACUCAGACAGCUCAUUUCAGGGCUCAAAAGCUGUAUCUCUUAUAAUCAGUCACCUCCUAUUAGAAGAGAAGAGAUGCUUCAGCACAGAAGGAACACCAAUUACAGCAGAGAUGAUUAACCAGCAGCUGAGUGGGAACAAUACCAUUAGGUGAGCAUCCAGACCAAUGCCUUGUGCUGCCUCUCCAAAAGUCCCCAGUGAGGAUCCUCCUGAGCCCAGCCAUGUCUCACAGCUCAGGACCAGCCACAGCUCUGCAGCCGUUAGGAAAAGGUGUUACCAAAGCAUAGGACAGCAGGCAAAGGCUUAAGUAGCUAAGAAGUUACAGCCCUGUAUGCAUAUCAUGUGACUUUGCUGUAGAAGGCAGUAUAGCUUGCGAAGGCAUUACAAACUAUUGCAUGAAAAUUCUGGAUUCCCUAUUGCAGCAGUCCAUAAUUACAACAUCAGUUUUAGCAAGGCAUUUCUGUCUAAGGCCUGUUUUGUGAUUAUUGCUUGUAAAGUCCUGAUGAAAAUAAUUAAGAGUUCUUACAUUGCCUAAGAGUACACUCAGUCAUUGCACAGCUGCUCAGAACCACAACGCAAUGCUUCUUGUCACACAGUGGAGGAGGAAGUGCGUGCCCACACUGACACUGUGUGGGGCAGAGCUGGGGCUUGCAUUCCGGCAGGCUCUGCUGCAUUCAGAUUUACCACAGAAGGAAGCUUCUUGCAUAAAGCCAUACGAAAUCCAAGCCUGACAUGACAGCUGAGUCAGGCUGCUGGCUAAGUGAAUCAGAAAAGGAAGCAAAGAAAAACUCACCCUGCAUUUCCAGUUGGUAGAUUUAUGGCAUGGCUGCCACAGUAAUGAAUGUAAUUGUAAAAUCCACUGCUGCCUGGCCAAAGCGCUCUGAGAACACAACAGUGAGGAUGGUCCCCAUUUAUACCUUCUCCUGACUCCGGCAAUACCAAGGCCUUAAAGACUGGUUCAGACAGAAGGAUUCAGUGCUGCCACGUGCUCUUGGGGUGACUUCCAAAACUCACAAUGCUCAGCAGGCUGGCUCCUACAGCACCACUCCCUCAGCAGAAGACAACAAGGUGGGAUCAAACAGCUGAAGUAAUUUGCUGUAGAAAGUAACGGUAUGUCAUUCUGCGGGAUUUUCUGACUGGUGGUAAUGUGGAAAAAUGAGGUUUGUAAAAGCUAUUUGGGGAUUUGACAAGAGAGAGUCCUCAUUUUUUCACACCAUAAGAGCUUCCCAAAGCAGACAAAUUGCCAUGAACUGCAUCAGCCCCUAAAAGCUACAGGCCUGGUCCCAGUAUAUGGCCCUUUCAGUUCCUCUCCUGGGAGUACUUCCACUUUGGUUUCUCCUCCCAGUUCCAAGAAAUUUACUAGCAAAUAAAAACAUUAAAGUCAACUCCCACUUCUCCCAAAAAGUGCACCCAACACCGUGCUGAGUUGUCCCCCGUAAUUCUUUAUUAGAAUCAUGGAUGAAUAUAUUUUAAAUCAAUCUAAAAAAAUAAUGAAUCAAGUUACAGUACAUGCAUAAAAUACAAAGUAAUUUACAAA